AUGUCAAAACUCUACAUAUUGAUGGACGAUCACGGGCAUAUGGUUAUGAACACCACAUUUCGCGAACAAUUUCGGAAUGCUUUGACCGGAGGAGGCGAACACCAAAGCUUCGGAGUCCCAUCCUCGUCCGUUGAUAGACAUCGACCAGAGAAUGUAGUAGCCUUUUUAGAUAAUCAUGCAACAAAACAGUGGGAAUCUAUAUUACACUACAUGGUCGGCACAGCUAGUAUGCAGACACCGAAGAAGGCAGUGCGAGACUUACUUGUGAGAUCAGGACUAAUGUCUUUGAGGUUGGAUAAUAAUGAGUUGAAAAUUACAAACAAGGGUUUCCAAUUUUUGUUACAAGAUGUCAACACUCAAGUCUGGGCAUUCUUACUACAGUAUUUGGACUAUGCUGAAGUUUUACAGAUGGAUCUUGUUGAGGUUUUAAACUUUUUUUUUAUGUUAGGGAGCCUCGAGUUGGGACAGGAUUACUCUGUCGAACAAUUAACGGAUACGCAGAAGCAAGUAGUUGAGGAUUUAGCUAACUUUGGUCUAUUGUAUCGAAGAAAGAGAUCAUCAAGGCGUUAUUACCCAACCCGUCUUGCUACGACAUUAACUUCCGGUACCAGCGCACUAUUGGGAAGACAUCCCACACCAUCAACCGUGAACCCAGUUGCUGGGGAGGAUAUUGCUACGGAGCAAGGUUUCAUAAUACUCGAGACUAACUAUAAAUUAUAUGCAUAUACAGAUUCACCACUACAGAUUGCCGUACUGAAUUUGUUCUGCGAUCUCAAAUGUCGAUUUGCUAAUAUGGUAUGUGGGAUGAUAACGAGAGAUAGUAUAAAAGAAGCAUUGACGAAUGGAAUAACAGCCGAACAGAUAAUCUCUUAUCUUAACAGCCAUGCACAUCCCCAAAUGAAGAAAUCAAUGCCAGUGUUACCUUUGACUGUUAUUGAUCAGAUUAGAUUGUGGGAAAUGGAAAGAAAUAGACUGCAGGCAUCGGAAGGACAUUUGUACGAACAAUUCCGAUGUCAGGCAGACUAUGACAAUGUUCUUCGUUAUGCUCAGACUCUGGGGGUUGUUCUUUGGAGUAACGCAAGAAAGUGCAUGUUUGUCGUGACAGAAGUAGGACACCAACAGGUCAGAGCAUUCAUACAGAAGAGGAUUGCGCAAAGAAAAAAUGGUGCAACGAAUACAUUAGAGUCUAAGACGUACAGUAUAUAA